AUGAAGACAAAGGCAACUGGGUCUAAACAAAGAUCUUACUCACAAAUUAAGACCAUACAACAAGGUAAAACUUCUAGCUCAGGGAAUCGUCUUCCUGAAGUAACUGUGACUGAUGGGCAGUGGCAGUCAAUGAUGACAGCUACUGGUCGGCUUGCUGAGAGACCCUUGCUGCGUAUGAAUGGGGUGUUGGUGGGAGGAAGUACCGAAGUCUCAGAAGCUUUGGUUGUGGAUCGUUCGUUUAAAUUCAAAAGAAUUUGGAAUGCUGUUGUUCCUCCUCGCGUGAAAUUCUUUAUCUGGACUUCGUUUCAUAACCGAGUUCCCACACUUCAGUUUCUUUCUCAAAGGAAAAUUGUGCCGGUUGAUGCAGGUUGUAUUGUUUGUGGAAUGGAAGAAUCUCAGUCACAUUUGUUUCUUCAUUGUGAGUUUGCUAGUGCAGUUUGGUACAAAGUGCUUCGGAAGGUUGGUCUGAGUUGGGUUAUUCCUAAGGAAUUUGAUGAUUUCCUUCUCCAUUGGAUUCAUCUCAUUCCACAUGGAAAAUAUGCUAAUCUUUGGCAAUCUCUUUGGUUUUUUCUUAUCUGGGAAAUUUGGAAGGCUCGUAACAUGAAGAUUUUUCAGCAGAAGCAAACAUCUUAG